AUAUAUUUGGGCUGUCUGACCUCAUGAGUGAUUGCUAUUAAUGAAGAGACGUGGUGGGGGAAAGGAGGUUGCCUUCGGAGCUUUGCACCAAAGACCUGGAAAAAAUUUCAGCUUAUAACUUGUUUCCUGCACUGUUGCUGACAUCUGGGGAAUCCAUGUCAGAAGUACUUCCAGCCGACUCCGGUGCAGACCCCUUGGCAGUGUUUAUGGCCAGCAGCGGACCCACAGACGUCUCGAAUCGGAACAGUCCGGCCACACCCCCAAAUACCCUGAACCUCCGUUCCUCCCACAAUGAACUGCUGAACGCAGAGAUCAAGCACCCAGACGUCAAGAACAACACCCCCCCUAAAUGCAGGAAAAAGUACGCCUUGACGAACAUCCAGGCUGCCAUGGGCCUCAGCGACCCUGCCGCGCAACCCCUGCUGGGCAGCGGCUCUGCCAACAUCAAGCUGGUGAAGAAUGGGGAGAACCAGCUCCGCAAGGCAGCCGAGCAAGGGCAGCAGGACCCCAACAAAAACGUCAGCCCCACGGCCGCCCUCAUCUGCUUAACAUCCGAGAAGCUGGAGGGCAAAGAACCCGCGUCGGCGGCGGCGCGGGAGUCCUCGGGCUGUGACCAGCUCCCGCAGCCCCGGAGAGCCAAGAGCUUCCUGGACUACUAUGCAGACCUGGAGACCUCGGCCCGCGAGCUCCAGCACAACCUGGGCAACCGCCACGAGGCCCUGGACCAGAAGGGCCGCGAGGGCCAGGGCCCCACGCCCAGCAUCCUGGAGAAUGGAGACCUGCAGCUGCAGAAACCUGGCCAGUCCCAGUCCAGCCCUGAGGAUGGCCAGGUGGCCACGGUGUCCUCCAGCCCCGAGACCAAGAAGGAUCAUCCCAAGACGGGCGCGAAAACUGAUUGUGCCCUGCACCGGAUCCAGAACCUGGCACCCAGUGAUGAGGAGUCCAGCUGGACCACCCUGUCCCAAGAGAGCGCCUCCCCCAGCUCCCCAGAUGAAACAGCAGAUAUAUGGACUGAUCACUCUUUUCAGACAGACCCAGAUUUGCCACCUGGCUGGAAAAGAAUCAAUGAUAUCGCCGGGACCUAUUAUUGGCACAUACCAACGGGAACCACCCAGUGGGAGCGCCCCGUCUGCGUCCCCGAGGAGCCGCAGGCCCCUCGGAAGGGGUCACUCGGCUCAGCCACACCAUCUCCUACCCCAGAGAAUGAGAAACAGUCAUGGAGUGAUUUUGCCGUUCUGAAUGGGGGAAAGAUUAAUAGUGACAUUUGGAAGGACUUGCACGCCGCCACCGUGAACCCGGACCCCAGCUUAAAAGAAUUUGAAGGAGCCACGCUUCGCUAUGCAUCUCUGAAACUAAGAAAUGCCCCUCACGCGGAUGACGAGGACUCUGCCAGCAUCAACAGCGACCCGGAGGCCAAGUGCUUCGCCGUGCGCUCUCUGGGAUGGGUGGAGAUGGCCGAGGAUGACCUGGCCCCGGGGAAAAGCAGCGUCGCUGUCAACAACUGCAUCCGACAGCUGUCCUACUGCAAGAACGACAUCCGGGACACGGUGGGCAUCUGGGGAGAGGGCAAGGACAUGUACCUCAUCCUGGAGAAUGACAUGCUGAGCCUGGUGGACCCCAUGGAUCGCUCGGUGCUGCACUCCCAGCCCAUCGUGAGCAUCCGUGUGUGGGGUGUGGGCCGAGACAAUGGCCGAGAUUUUGCCUAUGUGGCGAGAGACAAAGAUACGAGGAUUUUGAAAUGCCAUGUGUUUCGAUGUGACACACCCGCCAAAGCCAUUGCCACAAGUCUCCACGAAAUCUGCUCCAAGAUUAUGGCCGAGCGGAAGAAUGCCAAAGCGCUGGCCUGCAGCGCCCUGCAGGAGAGGAGCGGCCUGGACAUGCCCUUGCAAGUAGACUUUCCAACGCCAAAGACUGAGCUGGUUCAGAAGUUCCACGUGCAGUACCUGGGCAUGUUACCUGUAGACAAACCGGUUGGGAUAGACACCCUGAACAAUGCCAUAGAGAGUCUCAUGACCUCUUCCGACAAGGAGGAGUGGCCAUCCGUGAACAUGAACGUGGCCGACGCCACCGUGACCGUCAUUGGUGAGAAGAGUGAAGAGGAAGUGCUGGUGGAAUGCCGCGUGCGGUUUCUCUCCUUCAUGGGUGUCGGGAAGGAUGCGCACACCUUCGCCUUCAUCAUGGACACGGGGAACCAGCGCUUUGAGUGCCACGUUUUCUGGUGUGAGCCCAACGCUGGAAAUGUGUCGGAGGCGGUGCAGGCUGCCUGCAUGCUGCGGUACCAGAAGUGCCUGGUGGCCAGGCCGCCCUCACACAAAGUCCGCCCCCCUCCACCACCAGUGGACUCGGUCACCCGAAGAGUCACAACCAACGUGAAACGUGGGGUCUUAUCCCUCAUUGACACUUUGAAACAGAAACGCCCCAUCCCAGACACGCCCUAACUUCCAGUGGGGUCUGGUGACGUGGCGGCA